GGCGUGGCCAAUGGGCGGGCGCAGCUUGAGGGCGAGGCCGCGCCGGCUCCGGAAGGGGAGCGUUGCGGUGGUGGCGGCUGCGGCGGGUGGAGGUUGAGCGGUUGUGAGUGGGGCUCCGCUCCCAUCGCGAGUGGGCUCGGAAAUGGAUACUGAAGCCCUUAAGAAAUACUCAGCAUUGCAUCCUAAACCUGCUGGACUCACUCUUCAGUAUGGCACUGCCGGAUUUCGCACCAAGGCCGAACAGCUUGAUCACGUCAUGUUCCGCAUGGGCUUGCUGGCAGUUCUCAGGUCCAAAGCCGUGGCAUCUACUAUUGGCAUCGUGGUUACAGCAUCUCACAAUCCUGAAGAAGAUAAUGGCGUAAAGCUGGUUGAUCCUCUUGGAGAAAUGCUGCACCCUUCCUGGGAAGAGUAUGCUACACAACUAGCAAAUGCAGAGGAGCAAGAAUUACAGAAAAUAAUAACUGAGAUCUGUCAAAAAGCAGCAGUGAACCAGCACCAGGAUGCUUCAGUUUUUAUUGGUAGAGAUACCAGGCCAAGCAGCGAGAAACUUUCACAGUCAGUAAUAGAUGGUAUCUCCGUUCUAGGUGGUCAGUACCAUGAUUAUGGUCUGGUGACAACACCACAGCUACAUUACAUGGUCUGCUGUCAGAACACCCAAGGGCAGUAUGGGAAAGCAACGCUGGAAGGUUACUACAAAAAACUAUCCAAAGCUUUUACGGAGCUGAUAAAACAGUCUCCCAGCUCUGGAGAGAGUCAGAGGCACCUGAAGAUUGACUGUGCCAAUGGAAUAGGAGCCCUGAAACUAUCAGAAAUGCAGCCCUACUUUCCAAAGGAGGUGCAAAUUCACCUAUAUAAUGAUGGAACCAAGGAGAAACUCAAUCACUUAUGUGGUGCAGAUUUUGUGAAAGUUCACCAGAAACCACCUAGAGGGCUAGACAUGAAGCCCAAUGAGAGAUGCUGCUCAUUUGAUGGCGAUGCAGAUAGAAUUGUUUACUACUAUAAGGAUGCAACUGGCCAUUUUCACUUAAUAGAUGGAGAUAAAAUAGCAACUUUAAUUAGUAUCUUCCUUAAAGAACUUCUUGCCAAGGUGGGACAGGCCUUAAAGAUGGCAGUGGUACAAACAGCAUAUGCCAAUGGGAGUUCGACACGCUACCUCGAGGAAACACUGAAGGUACCUGUGCACUGUGUCAAAACAGGGGUGAAGCACUUGCAUCACAAGGCCCAGGAGUUUGAUGUUGGUGUUUAUUUUGAGGCAAACGGACAUGGUACGGUAUUAUUUAGUAAAGCUGCUGAAACUAAAGUAAGACAACUGGCAAAAGAGGAGAAAGAUGAUGAAAAAAGAGAAGCAGCGAAGGUGCUUGAAAACAUGAUUGACCUGAUUAAUCAGACAGUCGGCGAUGCUGUCUCAGACAUGUUGGUAAUUGAAGCAAUCCUGGCUUUGAAAGGUCUGACAGUGCAACAGUGGGAUGCCCUCUACACCGAUCUUCCCAAUCGGCUGCUCAAAGUUCAGGUUGCAGACAGGAGAGUUAUUGACACAACGGAUGCAGAACGGCGGGCGGUUACACCUCCAGGACUGCAGGAGAAAAUUGAUGUGCUUGUAAAGGAGUACAAAUUGUCACGAGCGUUUGUCCGUCCAUCAGGAACAGAAGAUGUAGUCAGAAUAUACGCUGAAGCAGACACACAGGAGAACGCGGAUGCCCUCGCCCACGAAGUGAGCCUGGCUGUUUACCACCUCGCUGGUGGAAAAGGAGCACCGCCCCAGCCUAUGUAACAACUGAUACAAACUACAGUUAAAGUUCAUAACUUGACUUAUUUUUUUUAACAUUACUUUCUUUACCAUUUGCUAAUAUGGACAUACCCAGCCCUUCCUGAGAAUAGCAAAGGUUAAUCAGAACUGAGCAGAAUAUUGUUCUGCUUAUUCUUCACCUCUGUUAACAACUUACCUCUUAAUGAGAUGCUCUUGCUGCUGAAUUACACUCCCCCCUCCCUCUGUGAGUUUGUCUGACUUCUGAGGCUGAAGUGACUUAGAGGUGACUCACUUCUCAACAGACAGCAGCCUGAUCAUGCCCAGAAGAAAUUCUGCCCCCCACCCAGUGUAUUUCAUAGGUUACUGUCACGUUGUGCCUGAAGUCCAGCUCCCCCCAUCUUCGGCGCGCUUGCGGUAGCUGCGUGUGACUCGAGCUCUGUUGUGCCUGUGCUCGCAGGAGCUGCGGAAACAUCAUCCUCCCUUCCCACAGAAUCCGGUCGUCUGUGGGCAAACAGCCUAAGGCAGAGGUUGGUGCUGGUCUUGACAUUCACUUCACCUCGGUUCAAGGGGGAAACGAAAUAACAAAAGAGCGUUUGCAAGUAAAAACAUAUGAUUGCAAUAAUAUUAAUCAUUAGAUACUUUUAUGACAUUAAAGUCUUGCUUAGAAAGCAAUUUGCUGUAAUAAUCUUUAUAAUCGCUUUUAAGAGGGAAAGGCCAGAGACAAGCUUGUCUUCUGUGGCCCUUGCACUACUCCCCAGCAGUGCGCAGGGGCAGGGUAAUGGGAUGCGAUGUUAUAAAUACAUAAAUACCCUCCUCCGCAUAUUUCAGUUCAGGGUAUCUACCUCUGACAAGUGUGUCUUUCAGUGUAUGAACUCCUGGCAUAAUGACACUUUCCAGAUUGCUAAAUAAGCACAAGUUCCAAUGGAUCAAA